UGAGCUGGACCUCUGAUCAGUAGAGGCUGAGCUGGUAAAAAGGAAAGAGAGGGGUGGAAGGGAGGCGGGUGAGCUUACAGGAAAAGGAGGAACAUAUUGUGAUUCAGCAGUGGAAAGUAGAACCCCCUGAUCCUGAAGGGAAGACAAUUCUCAAAGCAACAAGUCAUCUGUGAUUUCUUAUUCUUUUUAUCUUUACUUCUCUUCCUCCUGACAUGUUUUAUGUCUGCACUUCAAGAUCAAGUGAUUGCCUUAAAAUAGACUUGCUGGGUCCUUCUUGACCUGGAUAUUGGCUUCCUGGUGAAGCAGCUACUGAUUUCCACUGUCUUUUUUUUUUUGCAAGCCGGAGAAAUUUGAAGGCUUAUUUUGAGGUUGGCCAGCAGAAUUCCAGCUGUUUUCAUUUUUUUUUUCUUUUCCUUAUUCCAUACGGUGGAUUCUUUACCAUAAACUCCUAAGCAUGAAGGUUUUUGCCAAGAUGUGGGCAGGGUGCCUCUUGCUGCUUCAGGUUUUUACAGCCACAACGGGGUAUAUUCUGGAACCAAAUAAACUUCCUAAACCUGGGAAAGAAGUUUUCCUGAGCAAUGAAGAUGCAAGCGAGUUCUUUGGCCGUAAACUGCUCUAUAACAGCUGGGACUUUGAGAUGGUUACACCGGGUAAUCUAGAGAGAGAGUGCUACGAGGAGGUGUGCAACUACGAAGAGGCCCGGGAGUGCUUUGAGGAUGACCAAAAAACUAAAGACUUUUGGAACAAGUAUGAGCACAAUGGACAUGGAGGCAACAGUGGGAGCUCUCCAACACUAGAUGUUGCUGGCCUUGUGGCUGGGCUGGUAGCUGGAGUGAUAAUUCUUAUAAUGAUUGGAGUUCUUAUUAUGUACUGUGUGAGAUACAAGGCCAAAGAGAGGACAAGACAGGGGAGGCCCCCAGUAAACCUUACUAGCAACAUACCCCUUACUGAAGCCAUGCCAUUGACAGAGCCACCUUUACAUGGACCUGCAGCCCCGGGACUCCCAUCAUAUGAUGAGGCAUUGGAAGCAUCAGGCACCUAUGAUGCACCUCCCCCACCGUAUCAAAGGGGUUCCACCAGAUCGAAUCAGCCGAGCUGAAGUUCAAGGUUUGCGAUUGACUCGCGUGACAGUGAAACUCGCGUGCUAUGGACCAAUUUUUUUCUUUUUUUUUAACAUUGCUACUGAAAUAACCAGUUACCAAAGAGAAGAUCACUGAACCAGGAUCGAAGCUUUAUGAAUGUUUAUGCUCUGCUAGAAGAAGCGGCUUUAACCGAUCCCCAGGAUACUAUCUCAAUAACGGAAUUUGUGACUUAAUAUGAGCCAUCAUGCUCAUUAUCCAUCACGCAGAUACACCAAGAUUCCGAUGUUGUCGAAGGCUUACAUUUAUGUAAAUCUCUCACCGACUUGAAAUAUGCUGCUGUAUGUGUGAAAAUGUAAUUUCAGGGAUCAUAAAAAUUCCUCUAGAAGGCUGAGAACACCCUGCAAAGAUGACAUUUUGCAGGUGGAAUCUGAAGUCUAAGCAGCCAGUAACUGUGCCUAAGCUUGACUUCAGUUUAGUUCAAGCUGCGUUACAUAUUUCAGAAGUAAUUGCCUCUACCCUGUAACAUCCAGCAGUUCUGUAAAUUCCAAAGGAAAUUCCUCUAAAUCUGUGAUGGACGUGACUUCAGAGAUUAUUCUGCACAUCCAGAAGCUUUCAGAUUCCCUGCCUGAAGGCAUUAAUGUGUACAUCCAGAGCAAUGUAUUUCAGGGCACGUCAAGCUGAAAAGGUUUAAUGCAGCUGUCAAUAUAAAGCCUGGGAUUUUCAGCAUUCUAAAUGACUUUUAAUGACACAGGGAGAAGCGUGUACUGUGAAUUUUUAGUGCUGAACAAGGCCGGGACCGACAAUAUGGCUGUUAUGUGUAUUUGGAUUUUUGUAAGCAAAAUAUU